GGUUCUUCAGGGCAGAGUCUGGCAGCUGCACAGAGCAUACUAGCCCCUUUUGAGCUUCGUGCUGUGUCCUGGUGAAAUGUUUCCCUGGGGUCAGCCCUCCUGUGCGGUGAGGCGUUUUGUGGGAUGAGCUCCACGGCCUGGUGGAGUCCCUGUUGCCGCACUUUGUCUGCAGCCCCUUCCUGGUUGGCUGACUUGACAGAAAUAACUGGACUCCGGUGAUCACUUGGAAGGACAGAUUGUGUUGUAUCAACAUAACCAAAAUAAGAUUGUAAUGGAACAGGAGGUGGGGCGGCUGCCAGCCUGCGGCCGCAGCUCUCACCCCGCCAGCCCUGCCCUCCCCGUCCUUGCUCUGCAUCAGCGUCUUUCCCCUUCCCCCUCCCAUUUGUAAACAUUUGCUGGUGAAUAUUCUUUUAUCUCCAACUAGAAUCGUAGGAUGUUGAGAGCUCGGAAGGGGGAGCUGACAGAUGAUCCGGUCCAGUUCCUUUAACUUACAGAUGAAAAAUGAAGACGUUGCUCCAGUUAUUUGUAACACAGACUAAGUCUUUUAUUAUCAUUUGCCUUUUUCCUCCACAGCUCAAGACAGUGUUGGUUUUGCUGAGAGUCCCUCUCAGGAGACUCUCACAGAGUCCCUGUCCAGUUCUCUGAUGAUUCUUUGAUUUCCCCGUAGCACUUAACCAUGUAGCAAGAGAUUUUCAUUAAAAAACUAUUUAUUCCUGCCAUUCUUGCCAGUCACCCUGGACAGUUGGAGAGCUCCUCUAAAACAAAAUUCUCUGGAGGCAAUUGCAGAAUUUUCUUCAUUAUUAUUCUAUCAUUGACAAAUUUUCACUUAAGAAAUUCUUACCAGUCCUUGGUCCUCCUUGGCAGGCAAGCGUCAGAUGCCCCAGGUCACCCAGGAGGCCCCUAGACCGUGAGGCAAAGGAGAUGAGCCGGUGUUGAUUUAUUUUUAUUUUUAUUUUUUUUGAGGCAGAGUCUUGCUCUUGUUGCCCAGGCUGUAGUGCAGUGGUGCGAUCUUGGCUCACUGCCACCUCUGCCUCCUGAGUUCAAGCGAUUCCCCUGCCUCAGCCUCCCUAGCAGCUGGGAUUACAGGCAUGCGCCACCAUGCCUGGCUAAUUUUGUAUUUUCAGUAGAGAUGGGGUUUCUCCAUGUUGGUCAGGCUGAUCUCGAACUCCCGACCUCAGGUGAUCUGCCCACCUCGGCUUCCCAAAGUGGUGGGAUUACAGGCAUGAGCCGCCGCGCCUGGCUUUUGUUUUAUUUUUAACCUGCACCUGGUGUUGGUUUUUUCUCUGUCAUUACUAGCAGGAGUCAGCCUGGAUGGUCGUCAGAGCGGCCCUUGGGCUGCUUCAUGCUGCAUGUCAGCUCCUCAUCCCUGGCCCUGACUGAAGGGAGGACAAAGGUCCUGGUCCCCAGGCCUGUUUGUAGUAAAGACAGGGGUCCCUGACUCCCCUGGUCAUAAGGACAAAGUAAUUGUUAAAUAAAUGUUUAAACUCUGGCCAUGCACAGUGGCUCACGCCUGUAAUCCCAGCACUUUGGGAGGCCAGAUCACUUGUGGUCAGGAGUUGGAGACCAGCCUGGCCAACAUGGUGAAUUAAAACCCCAUCUCUACUAAAAAUACAAAAAUUGGCCCAGCAUGGUGUUGUGUGCCUGUAGUCCUAGCUACUCAGGAGGGUGAGGCAGGAGAAUCUCUUGAACCUGGGAGGCAGAGGUUGCAGUGACCCGAGAUUGCACCAGUGCACUUCAGCCUGGGCAGCAGAGCGAGACUCCAUCCAUCCAUCCAUCCAUCCAUCAAUCAAUAAAUGUAUGUAUGUAUGUUUUACCUGUAGCCACUAUACUACAGCCUGGGCAGCAGAGCGAAACUCCAUGUCUAAAUAAAUGAAUGAAUGGUAUGUUUUAACUAUAGCCACUACACUACAGCCUGGGCAACAUAGUGGGACAUGAGACUCCAUUUCUAAAUAAAUAAAUGUAUGUAUGUAUGUAUGUUUUACCUGUAGCCACUACAUUACAGCCUGGGCAACAUAGUGAGACGCUAUCUCUAAAAAAAAAAAAGAUAACUCAGUAAUGACGGCACAUUGAAAAGAUAAUAAUUAGUUAUACUGAGUUAAAUAAAAUAUUACCAUGAAUUUUACCUGUUAAUUGUACCCUUUUUGAUGUGGCUACUAGAAAAUGUGAAUGCUAUUUGUGGCUCACGUUGUGUUUCCAUCAGGGCAGCCCCGGCCUAGAUCUGGAAUCAGCAGCUCCCUGGGCUCUGUGGGAGAUCUUCAAGUGACUCACUCUUCUCAUUCCUGUUUUCUUCUCCAAAGAACUAAAAUGCGUCUCCUCGCUGGAGUAUGGUGUUUGCGAAAACUUGCGGAAGCUGGAGAUCACAGGCGUGUCUUGUCGGGACGUCUAUGCGAAGCGUAUAAACCCUCGCGUGAAGUCGGGACGUUUUGUGAAAAUUCUCCCUGAUUAUGAGCACAUGGCGUACAGAGACGUUUACACCUGCCUGCUUCACCGAUAUAGACACAUUUUGGGAUUGUGGCAGCCAGAUAUCGGGCCAUACGGAGGACUGCUGAACGUGGUGGUGGAUGGCCUGUUCAUCAUCGGGUGGAUGUACCUGCCUCCCCAUGACCCCCACGUCGAUGACCCCAUGAGAUUCAAGCCUCUGUUCAGGAUUCACCUGAUGGAGAGGAAGGCUGCCACAGUGGAGUGCAUGUACGGCCACAAAGGGCCCCACCACGGCCACAUCCAGAUUGUGAAGAAGGAUGAGUUCUCCACCAAGUGCAACCAGACGGACCACCACAGGAUGUCCGGCGGGAGGCAGGAGGAGUUUCGGACGUGGCUGAGGGAGGAAUGGGGGCGCACGCUGGAGGACAUUUUCCACGAGCACAUGCAGGAGCUAAUCCUGAUGAAGUUCAUCUACACCAGUCAGUACGACAACUGCCUGACCUACCGCCGCAUCUACCUGCCGCCCAGCCACCCCGACGACCUCAUCAAGCCUGGCCUCUUCAAAGGUACCUAUGGCAGCCACGGCCUGGAGAUCGUGAUGCUCAGCUUCCACGGCCGGCGUGCCAGGGGCACCAAGAUCACGGGCGACCCCAACAUCCCCGCUGGGCAGCAGACAGUGGAGAUCGACCUGAGGCAUCGGAUCCAGCUGCCUGACCUCGAGAACCAGCGCAACUUCAAUGAGCUCUCCCGCAUCGUCCUGGAGGUGCGCGAGAGGGUGCGCCAGGAGCAGCAGGAAGGCGGGCACGAGGCGGGCGAGGGUCGUGGCCGGCAGGGCCCCCGGGAGUCCCAGCCAAGCCCUGCCCAGCCCAGGGCAGAGGCGCCCAGCAAGGGCCCAGGUGGGACACCUGGUGAGGAUGGUGGCGAGCCUGGGGAUGCCGUAGCUGCGGCCGAGCAGCCUGCCCAGUGUGGGCAGGGGCAGCCGUUCGUGCUGCCCGUGGGCGUGAGCUCCAGGAAUGAGGACUACCCCCGAACCUGCAGGAUGUGUUUUUAUGGCACAGGCCUCAUCGCGGGCCACGGCUUCACCAGCCCUGAACGCACCCCCGGGGUCUUCAUCCUCUUCGAUGAGGACCGCUUCGGGUUCGUCUGGCUGGAGCUGAAAUCCUUCAGCCUGUACAGCCGGGUCCAGGCCACCUUCCGGAACGCAGAUGCGCCUUCCCCACAGGCCUUCGAUGAGAUGCUCAAGAACAUUCAGUCCCUCACCUCCUGACUGGCCACAUCCUUGCUGCCACAUCCCGGGUGGCUCUGGGGCUCUGAACUCUGACCUGUGAAUAGAAGCAGCAUGCACUUUGGAAAUCCAGCCUUUUGACCAGAACGCACACCUCGUCGGGGGGCCCAGCCCAGCCACCCCCCAGCACUUUAUGUAGAGAGUGUGACAUAGACCUGCAUAUUUGUCAGUGCCAUGAUGGAAGAAGCUGAGCAUGUCUUACCAAAAACAGAGAGAACGAGCCUGAAUACAGCAGAUGUAGGGGACAGCCGUGGGACCGCGUGAGAAUUGAAGCGGUGGGGUUGCCGCACCCUGGGCUGGCUGGCGGUUUUCUCGGGAAGCAGGACCCUCCUGACUGGUGCUCUUCCUGUGAGCGGAUAGAGUGAUAGACUGGGUCGUGUGUGAGACGCAUGUGCUCCACCCCACUCCUUUUGGGGGAAGCCAGGCAACAGUAGCCUCUGGGAGGGGGUCAGGAAGAGGCGAACAGCUCAGGCAGCGCAGGUGUGAUGGGCACAGUAUGCAGAGCAAGCUCGGGAAGUUGGUAGGAUCUCAGGCUUGGGGCCGGGACUCUGGAGUGAAUCCCCAUUUCUCUACCAGCUUGCUUGGAGUUUGGACAGAAGCAUUUCACCUCUGAUCUCAGCUUCCCCACCUGUGGAGUGGGUUUAGUGACCUGAGUCACUAGGGAAUGUCACCUGAAUGCACAGCCCAGCCCAUGCACCUGCCCCAGCCCCUCCAGCUUUGGAGCCAAGGCCAUCGUUCCAGCCACUUGACUGUCCUCGACGGCCUGUUCCAGACAGGGCGUUUGUUUUGUCCAUGCCUUCCUCCCUGCACGCACGCGGCGUCAAAACCAAGCUGCCGGCCACUGUCUCCAGAACGCAAGGCUCCAGGCCCGUGUGUCUGAAGCAGUGAGUGGUCCACACAGGUGCCAGGAGUGCCCAUGUGAGAUGACGAGGAAACCCCUUUGCAGGUGAGGGGACAGCUUUCUAGAAAAGCCACACCUGCAUCUGGGGACACACUUUGGAAAGCAGGACCCUCCAGCCUGGAGACCCCGUGGACUGAUGCCUCCACUGCUGUGUGCCCCAUGUUGUGUUAACACCUGCGUGUGGGGACCCCAUCUGAGGUCUUGGCUGAGGUUGGCAUCUCCUGAAGAACAGAGAGCACGGUGUCCAGAGCUGGCCCUUCCCCCAGCCCACAGCCAGCUCCGUGCCCGAGUGGGCGUCCCCAGUGAGCCUUUCCUCUCUGCUGCUUGUCCUUGUGCCUGGGCUGCUCCAAGUCCUUGUGCUGGGCACCCUGGACACAUCCUGCUGGUGAGGGACCUCGGGAAGGUGACAGUCUGUGUGCCUUGGUGUGGAGACCAACCUGAGGAUGUCCUGGGAAAUGUUUUCCUGAUGAAUUUCUCCUUGACUGGCCUUUAAAAAACAUAAGAAUUCCCAUUGCCCAGCCUCAGUGCAUUUGGCAAAUGCUUACUUUGCUUCCCAGAGUCAGAGAAUUGGCAAAGGUUCCUAAAUGGUAAUCUGGCCGGCCUGGGAGAAAGACUCACGAGAAAAGCCAGUGGAGAAAGCGCCCUUCCAGGGCUGCAGCAGCGGGAGCCACGCAGACCCCGAGGCGCGCCUGCUGGCUCUUGUGUGUGGCCCCAGUUUCUAGCGGCUUUUGCAGCAUUAGCCUACAAGCUUUGUCACUCCCUGCCCUCUGUGGUGGUCACUGUUUUUCUCUCGUGCCAAAUGAGGCAGUCUCUGAGUGACGGUGACUGUGGCCUUGAAGCCUGGAGGACCAUUGGGCAUGUAGAUUGGCACCUUGAAGAUUCACCAUUGUUUAAAUAAAAUCAAGCAAAUGCUUUUUUACCAAGAGCUCGAGCCUCGCUCUAAGGGACGCAGUCCUAGAGGCGUGCCCUUUGGGGCUUGAAGAGCACACUGUGGGACGCACGUGCUUCUGAUUAAAGGAAUCUCAGAUCUCAA